AUGAGCUUCUCAUAUAGUUUGCCUAAAUUUGAACAGGCAAGAAAGUUUUACGGUGAAGGCCAAUCAGCUUCAAAGUGGCUCGAGAGAAUUAAGCUUGACAUCGCUUCUAGCAACUGUGGCACCAUCCCAAUUAAAGUUUAUUUAUGGGCAAUAGAUGUUCUAUUGAGUGGAACUGCAGCGAACUGGUGUGAUUCAGUCCCCGCAAUUAAGAAAAUCUUGGAUAAUUACGAUAUCGCAAAUGCUUCAGAGACAGAAUGGUUGGAGAGUGAGCUUAUCAAACGAUUUCCUGGGGAUGUCACCAGUACUCCAGUUGCCCAUAUAGUUACCCGGCGCCGCUCGUAUAGCCUUGAAGUGAAAGCAGAUUCAGAUGCCACGGCAUUAAAACUGGGAGAGCUAUUCAUUGGAGGAGGACCCCGAGGUCGGAAUCAGGGGACAGAAACAUAUCGAGCUUCUGCAGGACAUCGCGGAUUUAGUUACCAUGAUGAUCGGAACACCAGACGCGAAACCCUGCAGGAAAUGGUGGAACCAAAAAUCAUCAACGAGUGCCAGUUUCACAAAAGACCCAGAGUUGCAUCGAUAUCACCAAAAUAUCAGAACGAGCCUCACCGUAGCUCUUCAACUAUAAAUCGAGUGCCACCAGCGUCCGGGAAGUAUCCUAAUGAUCGGACGAAGAUGCCAACGCCUUUAAAGGGCAUCUUAAAGAACAAAAUGAACCAUAACCAACAACCAAUGGCCCAUUCCUACGACGGCAAAGAUCGCUCAAGAAACAGUUACACUAGAAACCCUUCUCCCUACCAAAGCAACGGAAAUCCUAACCAUUACCGGAACGCCAAGAAUCCCGAAUCCCGUCAACAUCCCCAAACAAACCCACCAGACUCUGGAUAUCGUUCUCCAGAAUCGAGACCAGCUUAUCAGCAAUCAAAAACAUCCUAUCGAGAAAUCACAAUUGAAUCGUCCAAGUCUCAGAUACCAUGCUGGUCAUAUAUGCCACUUCCUGCCACUAGAAUCGUCUCUUAUCCGGUCCCAGAGCCGACUCACUUUGACGAUGGUCCACUGCAAUAUCCGAGAUGGGCAGAGCCGAGCUCUGAGGCUUGGCAGACGUCAAAUUCAACCUUUGACACACUCAAGCAACGUUUCCGUGAUUCAAGUCGAAGUGGGAGAUAA